GCGAGUGGGUUCGGGCCCUCGGAUCGAGUCCGCAAUUAAUCGACGACAGCUAGCAUGUUGCAGGGCGUCGCCAUCACCAUCGCCAACGACAGCAACGAUGAUGGCCUCAAUCAAUCAUUCAUGGCUCAUGUGUCGCCCAGUCCCAAUCAGAGUUCCGCCUCCAUCGCCAUCGCCACCACUACGAUGCCGACGAAUCCCAGCGAGAGCCCCGAGCUGUUGCUGCUGAAGAAUGACAAAUUCUUAACACAUGUCGCCCAUCUGCUGAACAUAACGACCGAGAAUCUUUCAAAUCUCCUGGGCUCCACGAAUGGCACAAAUGCGAGCACAAUGGCAUCGGAUUCGCCCGUUGACGAGUCCCUGACCCUGCGUACCGCCUUCACCGUGUGUUAUGCCCUCAUUUUUGUUGCCGGUGUUCUGGGUAAUCUUAUCACCUGCAUUGUGAUUUCGCGUAAUAACUUUAUGCACACGGCCACCAAUUUCUAUCUGUUUAACUUGGCCGUUUCUGAUUUAAUACUCUUGGUGUCAGGCAUUCCCCAGGAGCUAUACAAUCUGUGGUAUCCAGAUAUGUAUCCCUUCACGGACGCCAUGUGCAUCAUGGGCAGUGUUCUUUCGGAAAUGGCAGCCAAUGCAACAGUUCUCACUAUCACCGCUUUUACUGUAGAGCGUUAUAUAGCCAUCUGUCAUCCAUUUCGGCAGCACACCAUGUCAAAAUUGUCGCGGGCCAUUAAAUUUAUAUUUGCCAUUUGGCUGGCGGCCUUUCUCUUGGCCCUGCCGCAGGCCAUGCAAUUUUCGGUGGUCUACCAGAACGAUGGAUACUCCUGCACGAUGGAGAACGACUUUUAUGCCCAUGUGUUCGCCGUCUCGGGAUUUAUUUUCUUCGGUGGCCCGAUGACGGCGAUUUGUGUACUCUACGUGCUUAUCGGCGUAAAAUUGAAGAGGAGUCGUCUUCUGCAAUCCCUGCCUCGGAGGACCUAUGAUGCCAAUCGGGGUCUUAAUGCCCAGGGACGAGUCAUCAGAAUGUUGGUAGCUGUAGCCGUCGCCUUCUUCCUCUGCUGGGCUCCCUUCCAUGCCCAGCGACUGAUGGCCGUUUACGGACUGAAUCUGAUUAAUAUAGGCAUCAGCCGGGACGCCUUCAACGAUUACUUCCGGAUACUUGAUUACACGUCCGGAGUGCUCUACUUCCUCUCAACUUGCAUCAACCCACUGCUGUACAACAUCAUGAGUCACAAGUUCCGCGAGGCCUUCAAGAUCACUCUUACUAGACAGUUUGGUUUGGCCAGGAACCACCACCACCAGCAGAGUCAGCACCACCAACACAAUUACAGUGCCCUCCUUCGGCAAAAUGGAUCGAUGCGCCUCCAACCCGCCAGUUGCAGUGUCAACAACAAUGCCCUGGAACCCUAUGGAUCCUAUCGAGUGGUGCAGUUCCGUUGCCGGGAUGCCAGUCAUCAGUUAUCCUUGCAGGAUAGCAUUCGCACCACCACCACCACCACAACGAUUAACAGCAACAGCUUGGCCGCAGGAAAUGGAGUUGGGGGCGGUGGUGGUGGAGGAGGGCGUCGUCUGCGAAAACAGGAGUUCUAUGGCCCUGUUCCGGGCACUGCAGUUCCACAUCGUAUGCUGCAGGCCCAGGUGUCCCAACUCUCUUCGCUGGGCGAUGCCAACUCGCUUCUGGAGGCAGAAGUGGUGGACAGACACUACACUUCCGGUCGGGCUAAACGGGCUCUUUUGGCGACCAAAAGUGGUGCUCUGCUGGUGACACCAUCUCAAAAUGCUGACCCAUCGGAAGUCGGUCAACCUGCCACUCGUCUCAAACUGACGAGGGUGAUAAGUCGAAGGGAUGAGGUAACGAGCACCACCGUACCGCCUUUUUGUGGCAGUCAUAGUCUACCGGAUCCGGAGACUUGUCAAUCGGCAUCUGUUGCAGGUCGAAGUUCGAGGAAAUUUCCGUGGCGAAAGCGAAGGCAAAAAACCGAGGAUCCCACCAGCGAUGGCUUGACCUAUGGUUCACCCAAAUCCCAGUGAUUCCAGUGCUGGCUAGAUAACUAGAGCUAUGCUUAGUUAGGCAUUGUUUAGUUAGCGCAAUAAACUUUUCGAUCUGUAAAUAAGCCAGAAGAAAUCUAACGAUUUGCAUGCAAAUUUUGUCUGGCCAUAAAAACCAAAUAGAACGAAUGGGCAAGGUCCAGACGAUUUAUGCGAGUGGCCUAAAGCCAGGAUAAUGAGGCAACAAAGUAUCGUGACGAAUAUAUAUGUAUAUAUACACGCCUGCAACUUUUUUUUGCGAUGCCAACCGCAUCGCAGUCAUAAAUUAAGUGUUAAGUGUUGAGCUACCAGCAAAAUAAU